AUGUCUCGGCGAUUUCGGAACCAGAAGUACAGUUCAUUGAAGGCCGACUGCACGAAGAAAGGCAUUCUGUUUGAGGACCCGGAGUUUCCGGCCAGCAACAAGUCUAUCUUCUUCAGUCAGGUUGAUAAGGAUAUCGAGUGGAAGCGACCAAAGGAAAUCUGUAAGGCACCCAAGCUGAUUGUUGAAGGCGUCAGCUGUGAUGAUAUCCGGGAGGGUGAGCUUGGCAACUGCUGGUUUGUCACCGCCUGCACGACUCUAGCACAGGAGCCAAAACUUCUUCAGAAGGUGUUGCCAGGAGCCAAGGAUCAAGAAUGGGAUGAGAAGAACGUCUACGCCGGCAUAUUUCACUUCCAGUUUUGGAGGUUUGGGGAAUGGCUGGAAGUCGUUGUCGAUGAUCGAUUGCCUACUAAAGAUGGGAAAUUGAUUUUCUGUCAGUCAAAGUCCAGAAACGAAUUCUGGAGUGCUCUUCUGGAAAAAGCAUAUGCCAAAUUGUAUGGUGAUUAUGAAUCUUUGAGAACUGGUCGCGUGGCUGAUGCCAUGGUGGACUUCACCGGCGGGGUUCCACAGUCUCUCUGCCUGGACAAACAUGACUUCGCGGACGAGAAUGAGAAGACAAACCUGUUCAGCAAACUCUGUGCUGCCAAGGAUUCCAGUGCCAUGGUCACGUGUCACAUCCAGGGCCCUGCCAACAUGAUUGGUCAGCCGACGUCCCACGGUUUGAUCAAUGGUCACGGGUAUGUCGUCACUGCCGCCAAAUCCAUCAAAGUAGCCAAGGCCAUGCAAGGUGCGGUGGGGGCGUCCGAACUGAACAUGGUCAGAUUACACAACCCCUGGGGCACGGACGUGUGGACAGGGGCAUGGUCUUCAGGAUCAAAGGAGUGGAACUCAAUGAAUCCUAACGAAAGGGACAAACUUGGACUCCGAUUUCAGCAAGAAGCCGAAUUCUGGAUGUCUUUCUCAGACUUUAUCUCCAAUUUCACCAACGUGGAUAUUUGCCAUUUUGUGAACACGUCUUUCUUCAGUAUGAAGAAAACCUAUAGCGAGGCUCUUCUUCACGGCCGCUGGGCUCAGAAUGGGCGAAAUGGUGGAUCGGAGAAACACUCCGCCACGUUCCUCAGCAACCCACAGUACGUGUUCGAUGUGACGUCACCGACUGACCAUGUCAUGGUGUGCCUAGAGCAGAACGACAUUCGCCAGGACCGACAGUUUGAAGUGGAACUUCUCGAAAUCGGGUUCAAUAUUAUGAAGGUGGAAGAGAACCGGAGGUACAGAGUGCACAUCCCUGGGGAUAAAAUCGUUACGUCAGAGUACAGUAAGUCGCGGAGUGUGUUCCAGAUGGUGACGAUGGAGAGGGGUCGCUAUGUCCUCAUCCCCACCACAGACAAACCGGGGCAAAACGGAGAGUUCCUGCUGCGUCUCUUCACGGGGGCUAGCGCUGGGGCCAAAGAGCUAACUCUGGAAUGUCCUGCAUCGAACUGUUGUUCCAAGCCACACGCCAUGGCCACGUUCCUGAACGUAAGGAAGGCAGAGGGAAUCAAAAACCCACAAGAGAAAGGAACUCUGGACCCUCGGGUGAUCAUUCGGUGUGAGGGAGAGAAGUUGAAAUCUACACCCGACAAGCACACUCAGAACCCUGAAUGGAACUUCAAGUGUAUCUUCUACCGCAAGAAACCAGAACUACCUAUUAGUGUGGAGAUUUGGAACCACAACGCUGUUGUGGACGACUUCAUUGGAGAGGCUUGUGUGGAUGACCACGGGACAGAAGAUGGGGUGGAGAAAACCUACAAACUCUUCGGCCGAAAGAAGGAAAAAGACGUCCAGCAAGAUGGUCAACUCUUCGUGGAAGUGAAAUCCAGCCACGACCUUACAUACCUGUAAAGGCUGAUCUAUACGUUCUCUCUGUAAAGGGAGAUAACAAAGGACUGUGAUAUAAAUGUUACAUGCCACCACGCCGCGUCGCUAACAACACUCACUGAACCUCACGCACUGCAAACAUAGAUACUCGAAUGUAUGGUGAUAUUGACGGCUUAACGGAACAAACAAUUCCUGAAAACCCAUGGAAUGGUGCCUGGGAGGAAUGGUGCCUGGGAGGAAUGGCCUCAUUUCAUAAAUGGACCCAACUGCACAAUACAGGGCGAAACAUUCAAAUACUGCCAGAAACAAUUAGAGCUGAAACGUUCCCGAAUCAUGUUCAAAACUAGACAACCUUUUGUCGACCAAGGAUCGACUGGCUUUUAUACCCAAUCUCUAAAAGGAGAUCGACUGGCUUUUGUACCCAACCUCUAAAAGUAGACACCAUAGUUAAGUGAAAGACAAGAGUAUACAAAAACAUUUGUUAUGACCAUAAAGACCUGACCCUAGACAAUUCCACAGUAAGUGGGUUGACUAAGUUUUCUGGGCAAAUCGUCGGCGUAUUUUACACACGUCUUGGACUUGCCAGAAGUUGGCAUUGGACAUAAGAAUGUUAUAUUUUACCCCUACAUGUACAUAUAUGACGAUGGAAUUGAAAGCCAAACUGUGAUAAUUUCAGAACUGAUGUAAAGAAUAAAACUUUGA